AUGUGUAAAUUAGCGAAUAUCAGUGGCACUAGUGGUUAUAAGGAAAAUAGUAAAGGGAAGAAAAAAGCGGUAAAAAUUUUGCGUUACCUUCCCAUCACAAGUAGACUUAAGCGCUUAUAUGCCUCAAGACACACUGCUAAGGAAAUGUUGUGGCACGAUAAAUACAGAACCAAAGAGGAGGGGGUUCUUAGACAUCCAGCAGAUGGAAAGGCAUGGAGACACUUUGAUACAAUGUUUCCUGAUUUUGCAAAGGAUCCUAGAAAUGUUCGCCUAGGGCUUGCAAGUGAUGGUUUCAAUCCGUUUGGUGCAAAGAGUCUCUCCUAUAGUAUGUGGCCUGUUGUGCUCAUACCAUACAAUAUGCCUCCUUGGAAGUCUAUGGUCGAUGCUUCAUUAAUGUUGACAUUGCUGAUUCCUGGAAGCGAUUCACCAGGUAAUGAUAUUGAUAGCACGAGUGGAUAUAAGGCAUGUCCAAUAUGCAAUGAAUAUGCGAGCAGUAUACGUUUACGAGAUAGAAUAGGAUAUGUAGGUCAUGGGCGAUUUCUCCCGACUGAUCACUCUUGGAGGAAAGCAGGAGAUUUUAAUGGACAGAGAGAGACUAGGCUUGCACCUAAAAUUGUCAACGGAGAUGAUUGCUUACAUCAGUGGAAACAUCUCUCUAUACAUCAACAUGGAAAACAUCCGGAUCAUGUAGGUAAAAAGAGAAAACGGAACUCACAUGAUAUAAACUGGUCAAAGAAAAGCAUCUUCUUCGAACUCCCAUAUUGGCCUAAGUUAUUGAUUCGUCACAACAUUGAUGUGAUGCAUGUGGAAAACAAUCUGUGUGAGAAUGUGUUGGGAACCCUAUUAAACAUAAAAGGAAAGACGAAAGACACUGACAAAGCCCGACUAGAUUUGGAAGAUAUGAACAUACGUAAAGAGCUUCACUUGGUUAGAAAGAAUGAUCAUUGGGUUAAACCACAUGCUUUGUAUGUUUUAACUCGAGAUGAGAGAAAACAAUUUUGUAAUUUACUUAGCUCUGUGCGUUUCCCAGAUGGGUAUGCUGGAAAUUUAGCUAAAAAUGUGAUUGCUGAGCAAGGUAAGGUACAUGGGCUAAAAUCACAUGAUUGUCACGUCUUAAUACAAUGCCUAAUUCCUAUUGCAAUCCGUCCCUUUAUGACAAAACAGAUUCGUGAGGCAUUAGUGGAGUUGUCUCAGUUUUUCAAGAAACUUACUCAAGUCACAUUACACGUGAAUGAGUUGGAAGCGUUGCAAGAAGAUGUAGUUAAGAUUUUGUCCAAGCUUGAACGUAUAUUUCGCCCAUCAUUUUUUACAGUUAUGGUGCACUUGUGUGUGCAUCUUCCUCAAGAGGCAAUUUUGGGAGGACCUGUACAAUCGAGGUGGAUGUAUCCAAUCGAAAGAUACCUUGGCCAUUUAAAAAAAUAUGUUAAAAACUUAGCUAAACCCGAAGGCUCGAUAGCAGAAGGUUAUGUUGUUGAAGAAGCUAUAACAUUUUGCUCACACUAUUUACGAGGUGUUGAAUCCAAGUUAGACAAACAUGACAGAAAUGAUGACAAAACCUCUAGUGAUGCUCAAAGUUGUGCGUUGGAUGUUUUUAGAUUGAAUGGUCGAGGUAUUGGGAAGAAAGAAGUACUUAUCCUUCCUAGUAAUCUUAUGAAAAAAGCAAUAUGGUUUAUCUUCAACAAUUGUCAAGAGGUUCAGCCGUACUUAGAAGAACACUUGCGGUUUUUACAAAUGCAACAUCCGGAAUCAUCAGAUUUUUACGAGAUGCAGCAGUCUACAUUCUCGACUUGGUUUGCAAAACGGAUUCAAGAGAUGUAUGCGCUAAAUCCAUCUCAAAUUAAUGAAGAGUUAUAUGCAUUGUCUUGCCUUCCUGAUAAUCGAUUGUCAUCACACAGGGGUUAUAUCGUGAACGGGGUAAAAUUUAUACUUAAGUCAAACGAUGACAGUAGACAAACACAAAAUUGUGGAGUUACAGUAUCGGGCGUUCAUAAUGAUAUCGAAGAUGACUAUUAUGGAUUUCUUGACGAAGUCAUUGAAUUGUCAUUUAUAAGAGGUUAUCGUAUUAUAUUAUUCAAAUGCACAUGGUUUGAUACUGAUCGUCGAAGAAAGAACGUGAUAUUUGAACCUCAUUUUAUAAGCAUAGACACGUCUCGACAUGCUUACAAGGAGGAUCCUUUCAUCUGUGCAAACCAGGCUAAACAAGUGUUUUAUAUAAAUGAUCCACUUAAACCAAAUUCACAAUGGAAAAUCAUUGAAAGAAUUACCCACAGACACUUGUGGGAUAUUCCAGAAGACAAGAAUGCAGAAGAUUUGUUAGAAGAUGUCAACCUUCACCGUAAAGAUAUUGAAGAAGAAAUUGUUGAAAACGUUGAUGUUGAUGGCACUAUAGAUGAUUUUAUCAAUGACAAGCUAGAUGAUUCUGAUCAUAGCAUGGAAGAUUUUGGUUCAAAGUCAAAUCUGGAUGAUUCAGACACUGAUAAACCCAAUAAUGAAAUGGAAAAUGAUAAGUCAGACGAUGAUGAUUGGUAA